GCACAUCAGAUCUGAGCCCCUUCUCUGACCCCCGGCAGUUUGAUCGCUCCUUCCCAACGCUGCCGGCGCUGACCGAGACCAGGUUCUCCGACCCACGGAUGCAUUACCCCGGUGCCAUGUCCGCUGCCUUCCCUUACACCGCGACACCCUCCGCUACGGGCAUCGGGGGCAUCAGCAUGACCAGCAUGCCCACCACAACACGUUUCCAUCACACUUACCUGCCACCCCCCUACCCCGGCUCCACGCAAAACCAAAGUGGACCCUUCCAGGCCAACCCUUCUCCCUAUCAUUUGUACUAUGGCACUUCUUCGGGCUCCUACCAGUUCUCCAUGGUGGCGGGCGGCGAGCGCUCCCCGACCCGGAUGCUCUCUUCUUGUACAAGUGCCUCAGCAGGGAACAACUUAAUGAAUCCCAACCUGGGCAAUCAGAAUGAUGGGGUGGAUGCAGACGGGAGCCACAGUAACUCGCCGACGACCAUGACGACUACUGGGAGGAUGGAUGAGUCAGUCUGGAGACCCUACUAGGAGGAACUCAACUGGGCACCGAUAGCUUUAACUUAAUCAGCCACCGUUACUUUA